AAUUCAGGAAUUUUCCCCUUCCAAAUGUAUUACAUGAUCGUGGAGACUGAGGAUUUAUAGAGUGGUUUUUCCAAUGCAAUGCAAAAAGAAAAAUAUCAAAAUUUUGUCGCUGGAUGGGGCGCAGGCUUUGUUGAAACUUUACUAUUAUAUCCUCAAAAUAAAGUGAUAUUUCGUCAGCAACUGCAGGGUGUUCCUGCAAAGGAAGUUUUUGAGCAGUUAAGAAAUGAAGGUUAUUGGAUGUUAUACAGAGGAAUACUUCCACCUCUUAUACAACGAACAACGACACGAUCGGUAAUGUUUGGAAUGUUUGACAAAUUUCAUCGCUAUUUUGGCUGUUCGGAAUGUCAAACAGCGCAGACUCGUGUUGUAUGCUUUGCAUUUGCUGCAUUUAUGGCAGGUGCGGUUGAGGCUAUUACAUGUCCACUGGAGCGAACGCAAGUCCUUUUGCAGUCACCGAAGUACAAUCAGUGCUAUCAAAAUACAGUUCAUGCUUUCAAAGAACUUGCUAAGAUUGGAGCGAAAGAAUUGUACCGCGGGUUCACAGUUGUAUUGUUGAGAAAUGGAUCAAGUAACGUUCUUUUCUUCUCGCUUAGGAAACCAUUCCGUGAUUUAGUUAUUAAUUGUGAUCAGCAGUACAUACCUCGCUAUAUCAGCGAUAGGACACCAAAACAGUUGGUGACAUUUAUUGGUGAUUUCAUAUCGGGUGCUGUACUUGGUGCUUCUAUAUCAUCACUCUUCUUCCCACUAAAUGUAGUGAAACAGCGAAUGCAGAGCACUGUAAACAGUCCGUUUUUAUCAGCUUGGACAGUUUUUCAAGUUAUUUGGAUCGAACGGAAUGGUUCGUUCCGGGAACUGUUUCGUGGAAUUACUCUCAACUAUACAAGGUCGCUAUUAUCAUGGGGUAUUACUAACUCUGUCUAUGAGCUCCUUCAACAUUUGUUUACAAAGUAAAGUUGUUGUUUUAUCCUUAGAUUGAAUGUGUUUCUCUCUUUGUGAUACUGUUUCUGUAAUUGAACUAUAAAAUACUCUGUAUGAUUUUUGCUAUUUCAUUUUAUUUCCUUUCAAAUAUAAUUUGAGCUACACAAAUGAUAUAAAGUUCUAGGAAUUUUAGAACUUUCAACACUUUUCCGGG